UGGGGAUAUAUUGGCAUUUCUUGAGCCACUGUUUGGACUGGUCAAAGACUUUAAUUUUCUUCUCUUACCAGUUUUCUGUUUUUGGUGAAAGUCUCUUACCGGUUCUCUUCCGUCUAUAUCUAUGAGUAAUCCAUAUGCGCACACAUAUGUAUAUAUAAGUUCUUGAAAUAUAUAUACGUAGUCUAUAUAUAUAAAUAUGCUUAUAGGUACGUAUGUAUAGGAGAUAGACCUGCAGACACCCCACAACAGAAGUUGGUCUUUCGGACAGACUUUCAUCGGCUUCUCCCCUUUACUCUGCCCACUUCACGUCAAUAUUAAUAGUUCCUCAAUCCAACUCCGGCUGGAAAAAGGGGACCUGUACAUAUAUAUAUAUAUAUAUAUAUAUACGUGUGUGUGUGUGGUGUUUAGUGUUCUCUUGAAUUUGAAGUUGUUUAUUAAGUGAAGCGCAAGCAUAAGAGAAUAAAAGAAAAUGGCGACAGAGGGAGAGUACACGUACGAGUACGAGCGAACGCUGGAGGAAACCGCGACGUGGGCAGUGGCGACUGUGUGUUUUGUGUUGCUCGCCAUCUCCCUCAUUGUCGAACACAUCAUCCACCUCGUAGGCAAGUGGCUAGAAAGGAAAAGGAAGCCAGCUCUUGUUGAGGCCCUUGAGAAAGUUAAAGCAGAGCUUAUGCUGCUGGGUUUCAUAUCUUUGCUCUUAACCGUACUUCAAGAUCGGAUAUCAGGGAUAUGCAUUUCAACGAAAGUAGCAUAUACCUGGCGCCCAUGUAGUGGGCCACCCAAGGUUUAUCAGUACGGGCGAAGGCUCCUCGAGUUCUUUAAUUCAGGGGCUGGAGAGAUUGCCCGUCGGAGCUUGGCCACAAAGGGGAAGGAUAAGUGCACAGCACAGGGCAAAGUAGCAUUUAUGACAGCAUAUGGGAUUCACCAGCUUCACAUAUUCAUCUUUGUGCUGGCAAUAUUUCAUGUUCUCUACUGCAUGAUAACCUUGGCCUUGGGCACUUUCAAGAUGGGGAAGUGGAAGUUGUGGGAAAACGAGACAAAGACAUUUGAGUAUCAAUAUUACAAUGAUCCUGAGAGGUUUAGAUUUGCAAGGGAGACAUCAUUUGGGAGAAGGCAUUUGCAUUUUUGGAGCAAGUCACCUGUUACUCUUUGGAUUGUCUGUUUUUUCAGACAGUUCCUUGGUUCUGUGACCAAAGUUGACUACAUGACAUUAAGACAUGGAUUCAUCAUCGCACAUCUAGCUCCUGAAAAUGGGACAAAAUUCGACUUCCAGAAAUACAUCCACAGGUCACUUGAGGAGGACUUCAAAGUCGUGGUCAGCAUAAGUCCAGUUAUUUGGUUCUCUGCAGUGCUCUUUCUGCUCUCGAACACACAUGGAUGGUACUCUUACCUUUGGCUGCCGUUCAUCCCCUUGAUUAUAAUCUUGCUGGUUGGGACGAAGCUCCAAAUGAUCAUUACGAAGAUGGGACUCCGAAUUCAAGAGCGAGGAGACGUGGUAAAGGGCACCCCGGUGGUUCAGCCCGGGGAUGACCUCUUCUGGUUCAGUCGGCCUUGGUUCAUACUCUUCCUCAUCCACUUUGUCCUCUUUCAGAACGCUUUCCAACUAGCCUUCUUUGCUUGGAGUACGUAUGAAUUCAACAUAAGAAACUGCUUCCAUGACAAGCUCGAAGACAUCAUCAUCAGAGUAUCAAUGGGGGUCCUAAUACAAGUUGUUUGCAGUUAUGUGACUCUGCCACUCUAUGCUCUAGUCACACAGAUGGGCUCAACAAUGAAACCAACCAUCUUCAACAACCAGGUGGCUACGGCGCUGAAGCACUGGCACCACACGGCGAAGAGGCACGCCAAGGACAGCAAGCACUCCAACUCGGUGACACCAUUCUCGAGCUGCCCUGCCACCCCAGAGCGCGGCUCCUCUCCCAUCCACCUCCUCCACAACUACCAGAACCGGAGUCUUGACAGCCUCCCGGUGAGCCCGAGGGAAUCACACGUCGAGAAUGAGCAGUGGGUGGUGACGGUUGGGUCGCAUUCCCCUUCGCCACACAGUCAUGAUGAGGUUGACGACACGCACUGGAACAGGAAUGCGGGCAUAACAGAAAUGGACGUAGAGGGGCGACACCCCACUCAGGGGACUAGAGAGCUUCAGAGGACUGGAACUCACCACCCGAUUGAUACGAGCUUAUCAGAUUUCUCGUUCAGGAAGUGAACCAGGGGUACAGAUGAUCGACUGGGAGUUGGGGCAGAAGCUCCGGGAGUCUGCUUACUUUGAUGGGUGUGAAUGUACCAAUCAUUGUACAGAAAGGAGCAGCAGCCGCCAGCGAAGUAUAUAUGUAUGCACAUCUCAGAGUCUUAGACUAAUGUCAAGGCCAUUUGGGAUUUUUCACUGCUUCAUGUAAUUUUACUUUUCUCUUCUGUUUAAUUAACGAAUAGCGUGAAUCAAACCCGAAGAAGUAGCCAAUCUGGUCUUGCCGGAA